AGUAACCAGAGAACAGGGCGUGUCUGGAGGAGCUGAGUCUUGUCACCUCGGCUCACCUGGGACGGCUCUGCUCACGGCGUUCUAAACUAAGAGUUUAAUGUCGUCUGGACGGCUCGUUUGAGCUGAUCGGGAACAUGUACACGUCCGGCAGGCGGAUGAGCCUCCACGAGGUGAAGAGGAAGGACCCUGUGUGGGUUUCGGCCGGAGGUCUGUGUCAGGAUGCCCCGGGGUUCAGCAAGGCGCCCCCGUCCCCACGGGGUCCCAGCCGGGCUCUGUCAGUGGCCUAUAUCCUGAUCCAGGACGCAUCGCUGCCGCAGACCGAGGAGAACCUGUCCCUCAAGUGUCUGAAGGAAGCCUGCGCUGACGUCCACGCCGUGUUCAAGACCAUCUCCUUCGAGAGGAUCUCUCUGGGCACCACCGACAUCCUGGAUAGUUUCUACAACGCAGACGUGGCGGUGGUUGAGAUGAGCGACACCUUCUGCCAGCCGUCCCUGUUCUACCACCUCGGCGUGCGGGAGAGCUUCAGCAUGACCAACAACGUCAUCCUGUACUGUUAUAAAUCCAAAAGCAAAAGCGACGUCCACGCUAUCAAGGAGCAGUGUGGGUCCUACACCUUCAUCCCCUACGUGGUGUCUCCGGGGGGCCGGGUGCUGGCCUGUGACGUGGGCCUGAUGAGGGGUCUGGAGGAGCUCAUCAGCCUCACCAUGGAGCCGCUGCUGACCCCCCUGGUGGAGCGGCUGGUGUCCCUGCUGGAGGGGCUCAACGUCCAGACCAGUGAGUACUUCCGGGAGUCGGUGCGUCUGGAGAUCCGGACGGCCCGGGAGCGGUUCACCGGGGCCCAGCUGAGCCAGGAGCUGUCCCGGAUCCAGAACCGUCUGGACACCGUGGACCUGCUGACGCCCGACAUCAUCAUCAACCUGCUGCUGUCCUACCGCGACGUCCAGGACUACGAUGCGAUCAUCAAGCUGGUUGAGACUCUCUCGACCCUGCCCAUGAGCAAGGUGGCAGCCAACGACAACAUCAAGUUCCACUACGUCUUCGCCCUCAACAGGAGGAACGGGCCAGGGGACCGCGCCCGGGCCCUGAGCGUGAUCCUGCCCAUGGUCGGCUCGGAGGACCGCGCGGCGUCCGACGCCUACUGCAUGUGUGGCCGCAUCUACAAGGACGCCUUCAUCAGCUCCGGCUUCAGCGACCACAGCAGCCGAGAUCAGGCCUGCUACUGGUACGGGAAGGCCUUUGAGGUGGAGCCCAGCCUCCACUCUGGGAUCCAUAACGUGGUUCUCCUGAUGGCAGCCGGCCACGAGUUCGACACGUCCAUCGAACUCCGCAAGAUAGGUGUGACCCUGAGCAGCCUGUUGGGGAGGAAGGGCAGCCUGGAGAAAAUGCAGGACUAUUGGGACGUGGGUCUGUAUCUGGGCGCCAGCAUCCUGGCCAACGACCACAAGAAGGUGAUCGAGGCCUCGGAAAAACUCUACCGCCUCAACGCUCCCAUCUGGUACGUGGGCUCCAUCAUGGAGACCUACAUCAUCUACAGACAGUUCGCCAAGCCGCCACAACUCCGCUCCCCUAAGCAGGACACGGUCAACUUCUGGAUGGAGCUCCACCUCCAAGCCUGCAAACCCACUGUCUCCACGGACCGCUGCCCGGUCCUCAUCCUGGAGCCCACCAAGGUGCUGCAGCCAGCGGUGGUCAGCGUGAGCGAGGAGGACCAGAGCAGAACCCUCCAGCUCCAGCAUGUCACCCCGCUGGAGAAAGGUCUCCACCGCUGGUCCUUCCCUGCCUCCUCCAUCAGAGUCGUCAGCGUCUCUAAGAACGAUGAGCGCAGCUGCUUCCUGUUCGUCCACCACAACUCUGACGACUUCCAGCUCUGCUUCCCCACGCCGCUGCACUGCAAAGGGUUCUGUGAGCUGGUCAACUCUCUGCUGCAGUCCGCCCUGCCUGCGGCCCCGGACCACGACCGCCUCACGGGAGAGGUCCUGGAGUACAUGUAUGAGACCACUGCGGAGGGGGAGAAGGUGGUCCUGGGGAAGGGGACCUACGGGGUGGUCUACGCAGGCCGGGACCUCAGUAACCAGGUCCGGAUCGCCAUCAAGGAGAUCCCCGAGAAGGACAGCUCGUACUCCCAGCCCCUCCAUGAGGAGAUCUCUCUCCACCGCCGUCUGAAGCACCGGAACAUCGUGCAGUACCUGGGCUCCGUCAGCGAGGCCGGCUUCAUCAAGAUCUUCAUGGAGGAGGUUCCUGGAGGCAGCCUCUCCUCCCUCCUGCGCUCUAAGUGGGGUCCUCUGAAGGACAACGAGGCCACCGUCGUCUUCUACACCAAACAGAUCCUGCAGGGCCUCCUCUAUCUCCAUGACAACCAGAUCGUCCACCGAGACAUCAAGGGAGACAAUGUGCUGAUCAACACCUACAGCGGGAUCCUGAAGAUCUCCGACUUCGGGACGUCCAAGCGCCUGGCGGGCAUCAACCCCUGCACCGAGACCUUCACCGGGACCCUGCAGUACAUGGCUCCUGAGAUCAUCGACCAGGGCCCGCGGGGCUACGGCAAGCCGGCGGACAUCUGGUCCCUGGGCUGCACCAUCAUAGAGAUGGCCACCGGGAAGCCCCCCUUCCACGAGCUGGGCAGCCCCCAGGCCGCCAUGUUCAAGGUGGGGAUGUUUAAGAUCCACCCGCGGGUCCCAGAGAGCAUGUCCUCCCAGGCGAAGACCUUCAUCAUGGGCUGCUUCGAGCCCGACCCCCACCACCGCGCCACCGCCAAGCUCCUCCUCCGGGACCUCUUCCUCGUCUCCUCCAGGAGGCGCGCCGGCCCACCCCACGAGCAGGAGCCCAGGGAGGCCCCCUCAGACCUCCAUCGCAGCCUCUCCGUCCCGGUCACGGUGUACGUGGAGGACACCGACUCGGUGGACUCUCUGGACCUCAGCCUCUCGCUGGACCUCCGGCGCCACAGCCCCGCCCCCGGCGGCGAGGACACGCCCCCCUCCGGCAGCUUCCUGCUCGCCCCUGGCUCCGCCCCCCUGGCGCCCGGCUCUCCGGCGGCGGCGGGCGAGAGCCCCGGUCUCUUCCUUCUGCGUAAGGACAGCGAGCGUCGUGCCACGCUGCACCGCGUGCUGAGCGACCACAUCGGGCCCGUGGUCGCACACGUCCAGGACGCCCUGCCCACGCUUGGUGGGGGGUCUGUGCUGACGGCGGAUCACAUCCUGCACCUGAUUGGCUGCCUGCGGGACCACAUCCGCUCCCCCGACCGGAGGGUCCUGACCUGCAGUCUGCUGGAGCUGCGAGCCGCGCUGCUGGCCGCCGCAGUACCGGCCAGCAGCCUGCAGGCCGCGCUGUUCAGCUUCCAGGACGCCGUGAAGAAGGUUCUCCGCCAGCAGCAGGUCAAACCUCACUGGAUGUUUGCUCUGGACAACCUGCUGAGACAGGCCGUUCAGGAGGCCAUCACCGUGCUGCUGCCAGAGCUGAAGCUCCAGCUGCAGUCGUCCUUUGAGGGUGAGGAGGCGGGCUCUCCCCCAGAGCAUCUCGGCAUUCCCGCCUCCGGCCCGGAGGCGGAGCAGGACGCCGCCUGCCAACCCCCGGAGACGGGGGACCCGGACGGUCACCAUGACGACAGCAGUGGUCACCAUAACGACCACCUCCCCUCCUGUCCGCUGAGCCUCCAGCUGGCCGAGCUUCGGCAGGAGACACAGAGGCUCCUGAACCAGCUGACGGAGAAGGAGACGGAGUACCAGGACCUCCUCAGAACCUCGGUCCAGAGGAAGCACCAGGAGAUACAGGUCCUGAAGACCUGCUCCACCUCCACCAGCGACGCCUCCUCCUUCUCUACAGACGGCCCGCUGGCUCCUCAGGUGGACUGUCCUGCUCCUGAGGACCAGGCCCUGGUCCGCUGGCUCAGAGCGGUCCCUGUAGACCAGGACACGGUCCACAAGCUGCUCCACCAUCACUUCUCCCUGGACUGUCUGCUGGAGGACUCCUGCAGAGACGACCUGGUGUACUGCGGCAUAAGGGGCGGGAUGCUGUGCCGCGUCUGGGCGGCGGUCACGACGGCCAGGAACGCCGGUCUGAGCACCAUCAGGGAGGAGAGCAGGAGGGCAGUGUGUUGAGGAGCCAGGGGGAGGAGCCAGGACCAGGGGGAGGAGCCAUUAGAGCCACGCCCACAGCGACAGCAGCAGCUGUGGUGAACAGGGCGGUCACGACGGCCAGGAACGCCGGUCUGAGCACCAUCAGGGAGGAGAGCAGGAGGGCAGUGUGUUGAGGAGCCAGGGGGAGGAGCCAUUAGAGCCACGCCCACAGCGACAGCAGCAGCUGUGGUGAACAGGGCGAUUACGACGGCUGCUUCUGACUGGUGUUGGGGGGUCAGGACGGUCCCUCCCCUCGGGGUGCCCUGGGUGAGAGAGCAGUGCAUUGUGGUCCUUUAGUCUGGUAGCUCUGGGCUCAGCUUAUUGACAACAUGGAGAGCAGGAGAAGCUUUAUACUUCAGAUGUCAUAUAUUUCAAACGGAGAGGUAGUUUUCUAUGAGGUUAUGGUUGUUUUUCUGUCAAUAGUUGACCUUUUGGUUUCUAUUCCUCAGGGUAUGGGUUUCAAAAUUGACUUUCAAACUGUUUUUAUUCUGUCUGCCUGAAAGAUAUAUUUGAUUGCAGUUCUGUAGGGCAGGAGCUUAGUAAUUAAUUAUUAUUUCUUAACAUGUGAUUGUUAUUGCAGGUUUUAAAGACAACAUCUUCUGUUUUGCCAAAGGUUACAUUUAUUUGUCACACCAAACCAUGGAUGUCCAGAGAGAAGGGAUCCACGAGACUUAGAGACUUAGAGCAGAAGGGAUCCACCAGACUUAGAGACUUAGAGCAGAAGGGAUCCACCAGACUUAGAGACUUAGAGGAGAAGGGAUCCACCAGACUCAGAGACUUAGAGGAGAAGGGAUCCACCAGACUUAGAGACUUAGAGCAGAAGGGAUCCACCAGACUUAGAGACUUAGAGCAGAAGGGAUCCACCAGACUUAGAGACUUAGAGCAGAAGGGAUCCACCAGACUCAGAGACUUAGAGCAGAAGGGAUCCACCAGACUCAGAGACUUAGAGCAGAAGGGAUCCACCAGACUCAGAGACUUAGAGCAGAAGGGAUCCACCAGACUCAGAGACUUAGAGCAGAAGGGAUCCACCAGACUCAGAGACUUAGAGCAGAAGGGAUCCACCAGACUCAGAGACUUAGAGCAGAAGGGAUCCACCAGACUUAGAGGAGAGAGUGAUCCCUCUGCUGCCCCUGACUGACAGCUGUCUGCUGGUUACCAUGGGGACACGUUUAGGUACUGAGUUUUACGACGGUCUUCGGUCUACUGGUGGUCCGAGGUUUUCUACGUCUCGAUGUCUUUAGGAACCAAAGCAUGUUGUCAAUAAAGAUUAAUACUGAAAC